UGCUUAUGCCAAAAUGGCGGACUUUAUGAAAGGUUUGCCUUCCUACAAUGAGACAAAUUUUACACGAUUCCAUUCCGACUCCUCCUGCAAAACCAGUAUUCGAAGACCAACUGUAUAUAUUUCCACUAAGGACCAUCCAUCAGAACAAGUUAUAACUACAGAAAAAACCAAUAUUUUAUUACGAUAUUUACAUCAACAGUGGGAUAAAAAGAAUACCAGUAAGAAACGAGAUUCAACUAGAGCUAGUUUAGAAACGGAAGAAAAUGACUCACCUAGUAAAGUUCCACGCUUGACCUCAACUGAUGAUAACUCUUAAAAUGUAUAAACAAUUAAAAACGGACAAUUUAAUGUAAAUAACAGAUUUAUUCCAAGAUUUUGGGAAUGGAAAUGGAGAUGCAAUGCCGAUUGUUUUCCGUAGAAUGUAAGGAAUUUCUCUAUAGAGGAAGGCUGUGUCAAUGAAUUGUGUUCGCGACAUACCAUAUAUGAUAUUAAGAUGUUUGUCCUUUUCACGGAUAUGCUGGAUGACGUUUUUUUUUUUAUAGGCUUGUAUGCUAUCUCUGGUUUAUGCAUUUUUAUUAUUAUUAAUUAUUAUUUAGCAUUGUUAAAUAAUUCAAAGAAGGACAAGCGGACAGAUCAUAAAAUCUUAUUUCUGGGUAGUCUCUUAUGUCAAGCCGUAAUCGUGUCCCUCGCAGUAGCAAUAUCGUUAUCAAUAAUAAAUUAUUACCACAUACAUCUUCCACAUGUUCUUAAACUCAGAAAUCUUCAGUUCUUAAAUUAGUUGACUAUAAAAUAACGUCAUAUUUAACUGCGUUAUCAAGGGAUAAAAACAUUUUAUCCUAAACUAUUAGUAUUUCUAAAUUAUUACCACUUACAGCUUCCACAGAAAUCUCCAGUUCUUUAAUUAGUUGACUAUAAAAUAAUGUCAUAUUUAACUGUGUUAUUGAGGGGUAAAAAACGUUUUAUCUUAAACUAUUAGUAUUUCUAAACUAAUUACACUGUAACACAGGUAUCAUUUAAUCUUGUGUAUUUAGCACUAAUUUCUUUCACAUUCAUUCAAUAUCAAAUCUUUGAUAACGUAAGUAGGUUUAAGAGUUGAAAAUAUCCCCUUUUUCUCGUCUUUAAAAAAAAAUCUGUUGUAAGUAUUUUGUUUAUUAUUUUAAGAAGAGUUUCUGUUGUUUUAUUUCCAUCAAUGCUGAAACGAUACGCCAUGCCAUGAUAUGAUACAGUAUCAUAUUCUAGCCCAACGAUACACUAUUUUCAUACAUGCUAUAGUUCUAGGGCUGAAACGUAAAGCCAUGAUAUGAUAUGAUACAGUAUCAUGUCCUAGCCCAACGUUACGGGUGCAUCACAAUACACGCUUUAUCCUUUUAUGGAAAAAAAAUCUGUGAAUCGUUUCGGCCCUAUAUAGUACUGUUUCUUUUAGAGAUCCAAUUUUCACAAUAUUGUUUGUAAGGAAUUCAAAAAAGCUUUAAGUGACUACCAGAUAUUUAAAGUAAUUUAUUUUGGACCAAAAACGACUGAUUAAGAUCCUUGCCGGGCGACAAGUUCACAAAGCAUUCUAAAACAUAAGUUAAGGAGUCACUCAAAAUCGUUUGACUAAAAUAUAGCCCUUUAUAAAAUUUUUGUUGUUUUAAUGUAUUAAAUACAUCAAUAAGAAACUAUGUGUAAAGUUUUGUGUUUCUGGAUUAAAGAUAUUUCUCAUACAUAGAGAUAGAAAGUUGAGGAAAUGCUUCGUGAACUCGGGAUCACGUAUAUAUGAUGAAUUAAAGAAGGAAACAAUUAAGAUGUAAGGUUUCAUAAGAACAUUAGGUUUUUUUUUAAUUUGUCAUUAUCUUGUAGUCGACUCGGACUUCCGCAUCCUGCCAGGCCAUUAAAAAGUGUCAUGAAAUUGUUCCAAAAAAAAGAACUAUUUUAAUGUGGUUCAUAUUGUUGUUUAUUUUGUAGAUAUUUUAGACAAAAGAACAAAAUAUUUAAUUCUGUGUAAUUUUAUAUUAGGUAUUUUCUUUUCUUAAACAUACAUUAUGCAAGAGCUAAAUCUGCCUAGAUAAAGAGCUGACAGUUCUUAAUAUAAUAGUUAAAAAAUAGAUAAUGAAAACAAAAUAUGCUGAAAAUUGCUGUCAAAUUGCUUCACUUUGAAUUGAGAUAUUAGCGAUUCAAUUUUAGGUUAGCCUCGAUCGUCAGUACUUAUGUUGAUAAGAUAAUAAACAAAGUCUUGAUUGUCCAUUUUUACGUUAAAUUAUCCCUCACAAAUGUAUUCAAAUCCACUAAAUAUCGAGUUUAUUAUGGUGUGGAUAAGUUAAUUAAUGUCUAAUGAAUAAUUUAGAUGGCAUUUCAGGCCUAAAGAAAGACCUGCAAUAGACAGAUUUAGCUCUUGAAUAAUGUAUGUGUAAGAUAUAUGUUUACUGUUUUAGCUGCACGAGAUGCCUGAACAUAUAAUAAUAAUAAUUUAUAUGAAAUCUAAUUUACACGAUAACAUAUAUUGCAGUAUAGAAACAAUUUAUGAAAUUUUCUUUGAUUGACAUUUAGUAAUUGAACAUAUUAACACAAGGAACAAUUUCAUGGAUACACAAUUACUGAGUUUAAUACUAAGCGACGUUUUGACAAGGAUACUCUUAUCAAGGUGGAUAAAGACAUGUGUAUCCUCGUCGAAACGUCGCUUAGUAUUAAACUCAGUAAUUGUGUAUCCAUGAAAUUGUACCCUGUGUUAAUUUAUGAAAUCUUCCAUCUCUAAUUAUUCUAGUUUCUGAAGUAAAUUCAUAGGUCAUAGAUUAUAUAUUCUUGGAUGUACAUGUAUAUAAUGUAUCUAUUGUAAAUGUUCUUUUAUCGGCAUUAAUAAUGUAUGUUGUAGAGUCUAUUGUCAGGUCUCUUUUGGGGAGUCGGAAAUUCACAAACUUAUCCGUGGAUCAUCAGAUGUCAGAAUCAAUCUGAUUACAACACAGAUCCUAUUUCGUUUUGUUUUUAUAGUUCAAAAUUUCGUAUUACUUGUCUUUACUACACUAGGAUCUGGAAGAGUUGUUAUAUAACCUGCGUUCUGGAUGAUGUGAGGUAUUAGCCAAUGAAACAGUCUGUUAGGGCAAGUUUUUGGUGUGAGGUGCACGGAACUGUGGGUAACCCAUUAGAAACAUUUUGAUCAAAUGUCUGACAUUAUAGGGUAAAAAGCCUGACACAACCUUCCACUACAACUGGUCAGAUCUUCAUGUACUGUAGGCCAUCGAAAGUAUAAAAAAACGAAACGAAAUAUAGAUCUGUAUUGUAAUCAGAUUAAUGUCAGUAUGCAAUGUUUAUGUUUAACAUGUGGAUGAAAUGAAAUGGAGGUUUUAACAUUCUAGUUCUCUGUUCCUACUGGACUAAUAAAGAUGGACAUACGCCAUGCAGUGUGCUAUGAGGGAUUCCAAGUCAAGUCCAGUGUACACUUUGACAUGCACGUAAAAGAUCCCUUGACAGUUGGAAUUCAAUUGCUGUCUAUGCAAAAUUUUCCUCCUAGCACACUGUAUGGCGUAUGCCCGUCUUCAUUAGUCGGGUAGAAGCAGAACAGUAGGACGUUAAACCUCAUUUCAUUCAUUCAUUAGGAUUCUUUUGUGAUACAUGCUUUUGGUCGUGUCCUUGGCUAUUACAUUAUCAGAAUUCCCAAUAGAAGAGUUUUCUAUAUGCAAAUGACCUCCCCUACUGUCCUGACAAUAGACUCACCCAGUUUAUUUAUCCAGAGCCUUACAAUAGACUCACCCAGUUUAUUUAUCCAAUGACUGACAAUAGACUCACCCAGUGUAUUUAUCCAGAGCUUUUCAAUAGACUCGCCCAGUUUAUUUAUCCAGGGCCUUAUUCCCGACAACUUCAACUGAAAUAUAUUAAGGGUACAGACUUUUCAUUGGUUGAUAGUUAAAAUCCUAAUACAAAUUUUAGAUCUAGGCCAAUGAAAGAGCUGCUUUCUUAAGAUAUUUUAGAUCUAGGCCAAUGAAAGUGCUACGUUCUUAAGAUAUUUGAGGUUAAAUUGUUGUGAAUAAGGCCACUGGUCAUUAUUUGUGUAGACAGUUCAAUGAUAGAAGUCUUAAGAUAAUAUAAGUGUUUAUUAAUGGGGAUGCACGAUUGAAAUCUUCCAGAAUUGAACUUCUCUCAAUGCCUAGAAGGAUGGCAAUCAAUUAAAAGUGAGAAUUUCUGGCGACAAAGCAUUCAUGAACUUAAUAUGAUGUCGUCUCGAACAAUAACCAAAGGUAAAACAUUUGAUUUACGCUACAAUUCUGUUUUCGGGACUGACAGAACUAUCUCAAUUACGAGAUUGCUAUUCCGUCACUUUCUGGACUGACGAUGGAGCACCCCUCAACAUUAAAGAUAAAGUAAGAAAGAGAAGUGAUUACGUUACAGUUCUGCUCACACCAACUCUGUUUUCGCGACUGACAGAACUGUGGAUGAGUGUCAAUUACGAGAUUGCUAUUCUGUUGAUUUGUAAUGUUCUGGACUGACGAUCGUGCACCCCCAACAUGAAAGAUAAAAUAAGUGAGAGAAGUGCUAAUGUUUAAAUAUAUAGUUGUAUAUAUUGUAAAUACGCGUGGAAGAAAACCAUUGAUUAAUUACAUUUGAUAUCUUUAUGCAAGAACCAAUUCUUGACUGACCCAUUCCAUUCAUGUAAUCCAUGUAAGAAGGAAGGGGGGGCCGGGGAGUGGGGCGGGGAGUAUGGUCUGAGAUGUGCACUUCAGAUCAUAAGGUCUGUCAUUGAGUCAACUGGCGUGGUUUCGAUUUCCAGCUUGUACAUAAUAAGGAGUAGGGUCACCUGUCCAAUCUCAUGGGUUUUCUUCCGGAUCCUCAGUUUUCCAAUUCUUGACCGAUUCAUGUGACCCGUUCGAUUACCCAGAUUUGAGCUUCCCGUCGAAUAAUUUGGCUAAAUUAAACGAUUGGUUGAAAUUUGAAAAUGGAUAUGAUAAAUUACAGAUGAGUCUACUCGGUGAUUCAAUAGAAUAAUGAGUUUUCCUUAGGUUUCCUUCCACUGCUGAAGACCCCUACCUGCCAACAAAUUAUUAAAAUAAAAUUGAACCAUUAAACCCCAAUGAUCGAUCAACAUCCUUUAACAAUGUGAGUUAGUUAUGACCAGGGUUAGGGUUAGGGUCAUCAACCUUUAAUAAUGUGGGUAAGCUAUGACCAGGGUUAGGGUUAGGGUUAGGGUCAUCAAGAGUUGAGUUUAUUGUAAAUGAAGAUAAUUGUGAGUGUAAAUACAUGCUAUCUUAAUGUAAUGAUAAAUAAAGUCAUUUUAUCAGCCA